UAUCAUUGACAAUCACAUGACAAAAUGGUGGCUCAGCUGAGAUGAAGUACAUCUAGAUUAUUGUGAAAUUACAGCAGUUGUACCAGCUUAAUAUGGAAUCUUCGGGAGAGAAGAAGGAGUAUCUAUUCAAAGUGCUUGUCAUUGGGGAUCUUGGUGUUGGAAAAACCAGCAUUAUCAAGAGAUAUGUACAUCAAUUUUUCUCUGUACACUACAGAGCUACAAUUGGUGUUGAUUUUGCUCUCAAGGUCAUAAAUUGGGACUCAGAUACACUAAUACGCUUACAGCUAUGGGAUAUUGCAGGACAAGAGAGAUUUGGUAACAUGACAAGGGUUUAUUACAAAGAAGCAGUUGGAGCUUUCCUCGUAUUUGAUGUCACAAGAGCAUCUACAUUUGAAGCAGUACAAAAGUGGAAGAAUGAUUUGGACAACAAAGUUCUACUUCCUAAUGGAUCUCCAAUUCCUGUUGUACUUUUGGCAAACAAGUGUGAUCAAGCAAGGGAAGGACUUGUCAAUAAUGCAAGUCAAAUGGAUGAGUAUUGUUCUGACAAAGGUUUUAUCAACUGGUUUGAAACAUCAGCUAAAGAGGACAUCAACAUUUCUGAGGCUGCAAAAUACCUUGUCCAAAAGAUUCUUGAGAAUGAAAAAGCUCAUAACUUUGAAAGCAUUCCAAAGGACCCAGAAACAAUGACUUUAACAAACAGUACAACAGUAACUAGUUCUCAAGAAUUCAAGAGUAUUCCAGCAGCUGAACCACACAAGACUGGCUGCUGUUAGCAGUUGCUGGAAUGAAAAUUAUCUGUAAUUAAAGGAGCUGUUUUGUGGUGUUUGAGUUUUAUUUUUUAAUUAUUAUUUUUAGUGAUGUAAUAGAUGGCCCAUUUUAAUACAAGACAGCCUUGUUAGUUUGUUAGUGGGCUGGGAUGACUUAAAUUAUAUAUAUGACCGCAUGAAAAAGUUAUCUGAUUUUUUUUAAGUCCACAAACCAUUACACAGCUCUUUUAGGCUUGUUAUGACAAUUGUUUUGAUAAGAAAAUUUGAGUAGUGAUAAUCAUGGAUUACAAAAGUGCAAUUGCUCUCUACUAAGAAAAUAAUAUUAAUUGUCUUGAUCUCCCAGUAAUAUUCAGUGAAAGGGGACUUGUGGGGUGAUUUUAGGUAGUGUCCAUUCAGUUGCAAAGUUGAACAAAACAAUAAGUUUUAAUUAUGCGAUAUCUUGGUAAUGAACUGAUACAAUGACAAUCAGGUCAAAAUGAAUAGUGAAACAAGAUUGGAAAAACAGCUAAAUUGUUUUAGUUCACUAAGUUUCAAUUGGAUAAGAAACUUUCAUAACUCAACAUGUUGUUGAUUUUGUGGUCUGUCUUUAAAAAGUAGUUUUUACUGCCACAGUUGUAAGUAGUUAGUGAUUGGUUGACCAGUCCAAGAUGGAGCCCCGACUAUGAAAUAGCAUGGUAUCAUGACCAAAGCAUUAAGAUUAGCAUGUGUUCUCCUGAAAUGUAGUUCAACAAAAUCAAAGUUUUAUAUUCUUAAUGAAAGACCCAGCAGUUUAUAGUUAAUGUGCAUUUUUGAGGUGGUUAAUUGGGUUUGUGUUUUACAGGCUAUUAUGAACAUUGUAAAUUGAAUACUCUUCUUGAAGUCAUAAGGAAUUUCAAAAUGAGCCAGAUAAGAAACCAUGCAUCAUUCUUUUGUAAAUACAGUAAUUCAUUUUUA